GAUCAAGCUUAGCGUCUUAUUCCUGCCCGCGAAGUAAUCGCAACACUGUCCUGGAAAACCUUAUCCCUAAACUUGCAGAAAACCCAGCACCCCCCCUUUCCACAAUUCGAAUUCAAGUAUGGGUAUCCGAGCCCGAGGCAAUAUGGAUCGCCUAAGGACGAUAUGGACUCCUGAAAUGGACCGAUAUUUCAUUGAUCUAAUGUUGGAACAGGUCAAUAAAGGUAAUAGGUUUGAUGAUCAUGUGUUCAGCAAAACAGCAUGGAAGAACAUGAGUUCAUUGUUCAACGAGAAAUUCAAUUUUGAAUAUGAAACAGAUGUUCUAAAAAAUCGGCACAAAACACUGAGAAAUCUGUACAGAGGUGUUAAGAAUCUCUUAAAUCAGAAGGUUUUUACCUGGGAUGCAACGCGGCAAAUGGUGAUCGCUGACAAUAAAGUCUGGGAUGAAUAUAUCAAGGUACACCCUGAUGUGCGUCCUUACAGAGUAAAAACUAUUCCCUACUAUAAUGAUUUGUGUGUUAUCUAUGGAGAUAGGAUAGCUGGGAAAACCGGUGACAAUGUGCCUGAGACAUCAUCACACUUGGGUGAGGACAAAACUGGAUCAGCCAGUCAGCCAGAAUGUGUCAAUGAGGGAGCUGUGGAGCCUGUUCAUGAAAUUGCAGCAGUAGAUGAAGAAUGUAUCUCUGUGCCCCAAGAAUUGAAGGACACGCCAGAGGCUAUGCCAAAUGCAACAACAAAUUCACUGUAUAGUCGUACUAGGACGAAUUGGCAACCACCAAUGGACCGUUUUUUCCUUGAUCUUAUGCUUGAGCAAAUGCAGAAAGGCAAUCAGAUUGAUGGUGUAUUUCGCAAGCAGGCAUGGAUUGAGAUGAUUGCUUCAUUUAAUGCAAAAUUUGGUUUUAACUAUGACAUGGAUAUACUAAAGAAUCGCUAUAAAACUCUAAGAAGGCAAUAUAAUGUCAUAAAGAAUCUUCUUGAACUGGAUGGAUUUGCCUGGGAUGAUACUCGUCAAAUGGUGACAGCUGAUGAUAGUGUAUGGCAAGAGUACAUCAAGGGGCAUACUGAUGCACGACAAUUCAUGACCCGACCAGUGCCAUACUAUAAAGACUUGUGUUUGAUAUGCAGUGAUCUAUAUCCUGAUGAAAGUGACCGCUUUUCCCUUCAAUGUGUAGAACCACAAAAUGGGGUCCUAGAAAUGAAGCCUCGGGUAGCAACAAAGAGUUCUCAGUCUCGUGCGGCAUCAGUUUCCAGUGAAGAUGAAAUUGGUGACGUGCUGGAGCCAGCAACUGUGGGUUCAAGGACAAUUGGGUCUAAUCUUAAGUACAAACGUCAAUUAGAAAACCAGUUAAAUGCUACUCAUUCAAAAAAAUCACGAGGUGAAGAUGACCGUAUGGCCACUGCUCUCCGUGAGAUGGCUACCGCUGUUUCUUCUUUAACAGAGAAGAAGGAUGAUGGGAACUCAAACUCCGUCUCAAUAGAGAAUGUAAUUACAGCCGUACAGGCAUUACCGGACGUGGAUGAAGACCUUAUAUUGGAUGCAUGUGAUUUCCUGGAGGAUGAAAUAAAAGCAAAAACAUUUCUUGCGCUGGAUGUCAAACUAAGAAAGAAGUGGUUGUUAAGGAAGCUUCGUCCUCAGAAGUGAGUUUAAUAGAGUUUAAUUCGAUUUUUUUUAGCAGAUUAGGCUGAGUCUCAGAAUCAGCUGAGAACUUUUGACUGGAAUCAUUUAGAUUUGUGUCAUAGUGAAUGUAAAUUUAAGUUGGUUGGGCAAA